UCCUCCUCCUCUUCUUCUUCUUCUCCUCCUCCUUCUGCCUGGCCAUGGCCCUGAUGCAGGACUAUGGACAGCUGCAACCAGGAGCCAAGAUGGGUGGCUUCAGUUGGAUAAAGAUCCUGAUGGUCAUCUCUAGCCUGACCCUCUAUCUGGCUGGUGGUGCCCUCCUGGGUGAGGGCUUCUGGGUGUCUGUGGACCGGGUCAAAGUGGGCUCGGUUCUCAUCGCCGUGGGCUGGGUCCUGAUCCUCCUCAGCGUCCUGGGCUGCUGUGCGGCCCUGAAGGAGAGCAGACAGCUCCUUCUAAUGUUCUCCGGCAUUCUCAUCCUCGUCUUCAUGGCCGAAAUCGUCGCCAUGGUGGUCGCCCUGGUCUUCCAAACACUGCCCGAGCCCCCCAACUCCCACCGGAGUAGAUCCUUAAUCCAGAAGGGGUAUGGCAGCCAAGAGGCUUUCACCCAGGCCUGGAACAACACGAUGGAGAUGCUGUGCUGCUGCGGCAUCGACGGCUACGCGGACUUUGAGGAUUCCCCCUUCUACAACAUGGCAAAGGUCUACCCGCCCUACUGCUGCCGGAACACCACCAUCCGGUGCAUAGGAGCGGCAGCGAGUGUAGACCCCAUCCAGGGUUGCUUCAUGUGGGAAAGAUGGACCAGUGCUACGGUGGUCAGAGGGGUGAUGGCAGGAAUCGGGACUCUGGAGGUCAUCGCCAUGGGGUUGGCCCUGUAUUUCUUCGGCAAGCUGGACACUACCUGAUCUCCGGCCGGACCACUGACGCCACCCCCUCCCCACCAGAUCUCCUGUUUCCACCGCCUUCGACAUCACCUCCUCCCGGAAGCCCCAUCCUCAGCUAUGAUUUCGCUCUCCCCACCGCCCUCCGCCACUCAGUCCGCCCACCACCCUGGUUAAAGCUGUCACCACCCGACUGUAGCGGCCUCCCCCGUGGCCUCCCUGCCUCCAGCCUCUCCUCCCCCGAGCCAGUCCUCCCUCCAGCGGCUCAGACCUCCUUCCCAAAAGCCAUUUCCGGCCCCCUCCCGUAGCUUCGGCUCUCUCUGCCACAGAUCGGUUCGAGGCCUUCCAGUCGCCGUCUCCUCCUCCUUUCUGCUCCCCUCCCCUGCUCCACCUCAGCUCGCACCCUGGUUCUCCUUCUCCGAAUCGUCCCUUGUCCGCACCCUGGAACUCACUCCGCCUCCAAACCCACCAGACAGACCCCCGGCUCUCCCCUUCUUCAGAGUCCCCGGAAAUCCACCUCCUUGGGGAAGCUUCCCCGAUAAAAUCUCCACCACCCCCGGUUGUGUCAGCGCAUCAGUCUUUAGUCUUCCCCUCUGCAUUUAUUUAUGCGUUUACCAUCUCACUUUGGGAUAGUGUCAGUUGUAGCUAGGUUUCUUUUUCAUCCAGUUCCCCUGUAGCUAUCCGAGGAGUGUCCGCCUGCCUCUCCCGUUACACUGCAGAUUCCUCGAGGACAGUUAUUCAUCGGAUAACAUCACUUAGCAGUGCUUGGCACAUAGUAAGCACUUAACAAAGACCAUAAUUAUUAUGAUAGGGCUUUGCCCACAGUGAGUGGGUAGUGAUAUUAUUAUUAUUAUUACUCUCAGUCCUCAAUAAACACUAACAAAUGAAUUAAGGUGUGGGAGUUCAAAAUGGAAUCC